GAUUCUGACAGCAAACAAUUUUUACAAACACCGUUUACAAAAAUGACAUCUCCCUUCCAAAAAGCUGUUGAAUCUGCUUUUAAAGUGUUUUCUCGGAGAAAUGGGGCUUCUGUAACGAGUGACAGCCUUAGUGAAUUAAGGACCAAUCUUAAUAAAGUCACAAAAGACGAAUUACGAAUAGAUCCUCACGUAUUAGAGGAUAAAAUUCCAAAAGAACAUGAAGCUCCAGUUACCUACAUAAGAAUUUUGGAAGAUAAGUUGAUGACAAUUGCUGUGUUUGUAUUGAGGCAAGGAAAAAGUUUACCUUUACAUGAUCAUCCUGGAAUGUUUGGUCUUCUCAAAGUUAUCCAUGGAAGUGUUACAAUAAAAACAUACACACCACUAGAUCCUAACAAAUAUCCAGUGCCAGCUACGUUAAGUGAAACACUAGCUGACAAAUAUGGGCGAAAUAUUCCGGUGUAUCCUUCAUGGUACGAGGGUGACAAAGUUUGUACUGAAACAGAUGAUUGUUGUGUUAUAUCUCCAAACAAUAAAAAUGUCCACGAGAUAAUUUCAGAAUCAGGAACUGCAGCAUUUUUAGAUGUUUUAUCACCACCGUAUAAUCACAAGUCAAUGGAGGACUGUAGACCUUGUUCAUACUAUAAAGAAAUCAGCAUAGAUUCUAAGGAACCAAAUAUACGUUAUCUUGUAAAGAUAAAGUCACCACCGGAAUACUGGUGUGAUGAAGUUGAUUAUUAUGGGCCUCAGUUACCAUUACCUUCAUGAUAAGAUAUUAGGCUAAAUCAUUUAUUGUCUGCUUACUUGAUAAAUAGAUUUAGCAAACCUAGGUCCACCAGGAUUUUACUUUACAGUGCGAAUACACUGCUGUAAGAAACGGGGUGUAAAAUACAGCAUUUUUUUAUACCGUUUUUCUCUUUGUAACAGAUGCAAUUACAUCAAAACACUUAAAGCCUGUACUUAUAGAUGUAAAAUAUUCCUGUAUGGUUUAAUUUGAGGACAUUGCUGUUGACAGCCAGUGAUUAGAAAAGGCUUGAAAUUGAUUAUUACUUUAUUUUUUUUCUGUUGCCGUUGUAUACUGAAGCUUUUAAACUUUUUUUUAUCUAUGAUGCAGUUAAUUUGUAUUUCAUCAUUCAUGUCAGUGACAGGCAUAGGGGUGUUACAUAAAAUAGACAUUUUUAAUGAUGUUAAGUGCUAUAUUUACAAUGUUAAAUAUGAAUAUUAAUGAACUUACUCCACUUUAAGGAUUACAUACCCGAUGAAUCAUUAAAUAUCGUCUAAUUUGGGUAAUUGUAAUCAACCUGAAGGCACUCAAACCUUUGUUUGGCAUUUUUCUUUACACCUUCAGUACAUACAUGUUAGUGAGAUGGUCUCGCAUCAGUUUUUGAGAUGUUAACGUUAUCACUUGGGUCCAUAAUCCUGAACAUACAUACCCUUGUCGGGCAUUCAGAAUUUCAAACAUUCUUACACCAUCACUGAGAUGAUUUCUAUUACAAAGUUGCUAAAGUGUCUGAUAUUGCAAUGCAUAACUGCUCAGUACACACUGACUGACCACUGUUUACUAAGUUUACACGCCACAUGAGAAAGUUAAACUCAAUAAACCUCAUGUAUAUAUAUCUACUCCUGUAGGUUCUAUGUUGUGAAUUAUAAUCAGAGCAGUGUUGAAUUGGCAUUAAAUAUACAUUUGUGAUUCAUUCAUAAAAUUCAAUAUGAAUUAUUUGUAAUAAAUUUUUGUAGGGCAUUGGAUUGGGUUUUGACUAAUUUUUGCAAUACUAUGUAUAACAGUUAGAGCACUCUAAGCUUCACAUUUUCACAUCACUUUGUUGACUUUGUUAUAAAAGUCCAUUUCACAAAAAUUGUCAAAUGUGUUCACUGUAAACUAGGAAUGCUUGCUCAAUGUCAAUGAGGGAACUUCUUCAAGAAAAGGAAACUUUGUCAAGGAUAUUUAUAGUCAAUGUUUAUGUUUUGUUGAUGAUGUUAAUAUAUAUUAUAUUACUUAUAUGAAUAUAUUGUGAGAGUACAUAUA